GGCUCGGGCUGCUCCGGCACCGCGGCGCGCUCAGCCCUGCGCAGCUCCGCCCGCGGCCGCCCGCGGCUGGCUCGGCUCGGCUCGGCUCGGGUCGGCACGGCACGGCACGGCUCGGCUCGGCGCGGCCAGCCCAGCCCAGCCUUCCCGGGACCCCCGCGAGCCUCCGCGGCUGGGGCCACGCUGGAGCCCCCUGCCCCGCAGCGGAGGCGAGCCGCGAGUUGGCGCGGCGGCCGGCGGCCGCCCGGCUGCGGAGAAUCUUCUCUGAUUGUGCACCGUGACUGCAGCGCUUUGUUUUUUCAGUCUUGAGUCAUAACCCCCAUGGAUGAAAAGGUCCUGCAAGCUCCGUGAGUGCCAAGCAGUGAAUUAUGGGCUGGGUAGCCACCAGUGCAUCAUGAAGAUUGACUUUAUUUUUGCCCUCUUGAGGAUCACGUGCUUUAUGAAUUCACUUUCUCCUCCAUCACACUGCCACAUCUGUCAAUAUUGUCAUCACUUCUAGGAAACCAGAAUUUGAGGCUUGGGCUUCAGCUCUGCCUUUCCUUCCUCCCUGGAACAACCAGUGUUCUACGAAAACAAAUCACUGUGGCUUAUUUUGCCCUUCACAGAAGUACACCAACUGGAGAAGUCACUUCAUAUACCCUGUACGUCUGAGAUGAUAAAAGCCUCUGGAUCGUAAGGGAUAAUUGGGAUCUUUCCUUGGGGAGGAGGCAUUUCCUCUUGGUCACGUCCACUUGCUAUCUCACCUUCCACUUACUCUCCCUCUCUCUCUCUCUCACUCUCUGUGCUCUCCUCCUCUUCCCAUUGGAUUUAACAUUUGGUGUUGACUGCUGGCGUUCUACUCCCAGUAGUGUGGCUUUUGUUUUUCUCCUAGGGAACAGCAGAUUCUUGAAACAAUGGGCUUCACUCUCCACUCCGUCUAUUUCACCUUGAAGGUGAGUUUGCUGCUGGGCUCCUUGCUGGGUCUCUGUUUGGGUCUGGAGUUCAUGGGCAUCCCCAACCAGUGGGCCCGCUACCUCCGCUGGGAUGCCAGCACUAGGAGCGAACUCAGCUUCCAGUUCAAGACCAAUGUCUCUGCUGGGCUGCUCCUCUACUUUGAUGAUGGUGGUGUCUGUGACUUCCUCUGUCUGUCCCUUGUUGACGGGCGCAUCCAGCUCCAGUUUAGUGUGGACUGUGCGGAGACUACAGUUAUCACAGACAAACAGGUCAACGACAGCAACUGGCACUUCCUGAUGGUCAGCCGCAAUCAUCUUCGGACGGUGCUAGUGCUGGAUGGUGAAGCCAAGCCAGGCGAGGUGCGUCCACAACGCCAGUAUAUGAAUAUCGUCAGUGACCUUUUUGUUGGUGGAGUCCCACUGGACAUCCGUCCUGCUGCCUUGACCCUUGAUGGUGUUCUGGGUGAGCCUCCAUUUCAAGGAUUUAUCCUGGAUCUGAAAUAUGGCAACUCUGAGCCGCAGCUCCUGGGCAGUCAAGGGGUCCGACUGGAAAUGGAAGGGCUUUGCGCAGAAAACCCCUGUGAAAAUGGUGGCACUUGCUUCCUUCUGGAUGGCGAGCCACACUGUGACUGCUCAGCCACUGGAUAUGCUGGCAAGCUGUGUUCUGAAGAUGUCAAUCAUAUUCCAGGCCUCUCACACCUGAUGAUGGGUGAACAAGGUAGAAGUAAAGCUCGAGAUGAGAACAUGGCCACUUUCCGUGGUUCCGAAUACCUUUGCUAUGACCUGUCGCAAAACCCCAUCCAGAGCAGCAGCGAUGAGAUCACUCUCUCCUUCAAGACGUGGCAACGCAAUGGGCUCAUUCUGCACACUGGCAAGUCAGCUGAUUAUGUCAACCUGGCCCUGAAAGAUGGUGCGGUUUCAUUGGUCAUUAACCUGGGGUCUGGGGCCUUCGAGGCCAUUGUGGAGCCGGUCAAUGGCAAGUUCAAUGACAACGCGUGGCACGACGUUAAGGUGACACGCAACCUGCGGCAGCACUCAGGCAUUGGACACGCUAUGGUGACGAUCUCGGUGGACGGGAUCCUGACGACGACGGGGUACACGCAGGAGGACUACACCAUGCUGGGCUCCGAUGACUUCUUCUACGUGGGAGGGAGCCCCAGUACUGCUGAUUUACCUGGCUCUCCAGUAAGCAACAACUUCAUGGGCUGCCUCAAAGAGGUUGUUUAUAAGAAUAACGACAUUCGUCUGGAGCUGUCUCGCUUGGCACGGAUUGGUGAUACUAAGAUGAAGAUCUACGGGGAAGUGAAAUUCAUAUGUGAGAAUGUGGCUACACUGGAUCCCAUCAGCUUUGAGACACCUGAGGCCUAUAUUAGUCUGCCUAAAUGGAAUACCAAAAGGAUGGGGUCCAUCUCAUUUGAUUUCCGAACCACUGAACCCAAUGGACUGAUCCUUUUCACCCAUGGCAAGCCUCAGGAGAGGAAAGACGCCAGGAGCCAGAAAAAUACAAAGGUAGACUUCUUUGCAGUUGAGCUUCUAGACGGGAACCUCUACUUGCUGCUGGACAUGGGCUCUGGAACCAUUAAAGUCAAGGCAACCCAGAAGAAAGCCAAUGAUGGAGAGUGGUAUCAUGUGGAUAUUCAACGAGAUGGAAGAUCAGGUACUAUAUCAGUGAACAGCAGACGCACUCCAUUCACUGCUAGUGGGGAGAGUGAGAUCCUAGAUCUGGAAGGCGACAUGUACCUUGGUGGGCUGCCUGAGAACCGGGCAGGGCUCAUCCUUCCCACAGAGCUCUGGACAGCAAUGCUGAAUUAUGGCUACGUCGGCUGUAUCCGAGACUUGUUCAUUGAUGGAAGAAGCAAGAACAUUCGGCAGCUGGCAGAGGCACAGAAUGCCGCAGGAGUCAAGUCCUCCUGCUCCCGCCUCAGCACCAAGCAGUGCGACAGCUACCCGUGUAAGAAUAAUGCAAUCUGCAAGGAUGGCUGGAACCGCUUCAUUUGUGACUGCACUGGCACCGGCUAUUGGGGUAGAACAUGUGAGCGAGAGGCCUCUAUCUUGAGCUAUGAUGGCAGCAUGUACAUGAAGAUCAUCAUGCCUAUGGUCAUGCAUACAGAAGCAGAAGACGUGUCCUUCCGUUUCAUGUCCCAGCGUGCUUAUGGGCUGUUGAUGGCAACCACCUCACGAGACUCUGCUGACACUCUGCGGCUGGAGCUGGAUGGAGGCCGUGUCAAACUUAUGGUCAAUUUAGACUGUAUCAGGAUAAACUGUAACGCCAGCAAGGGACCUGAAACUCUUUAUGCUGGGCAGAAACUCAAUGACAAUGAGUGGCACACUGUUCGGGUAGUUCGGCGAGGAAAGAGCCUCAAGCUCAUGGUGGAUGAUGAUGUUGCUGAGGGCACAAUGGUUGGUGAUCACACCCGCUUGGAAUUCCACAACAUCGAGACAGGGAUCAUGACAGAGAAACGGUACAUCUCUGUCAUCCCCUCUAGCUUCAUUGGCCACCUCCAGAGCCUUAUGUUCAACGGGAUGCUCUACAUUGACCUGUGCAAGAAUGGUGACAUUGACUAUUGCGAGCUGAAGGCACGCUUUGGUCUCCGCAACAUUAUAGCUGACCCUGUGACGUUCAAGACCAAGAGCAGCUACCUGAGCUUGGCCACCUUGCAGGCUUAUACAUCCAUGCACCUCUUCUUUCAAUUCAAGACCACCUCAGCUGAUGGUUUCAUCCUCUUCAACAGCGGUGAUGGCAAUGACUUUAUUGCAGUUGAACUAGUCAAGGGGUAUAUACACUAUGUGUUUGACCUUGGAAACGGACCUAAUGUGAUCAAAGGCAACAGUGAUCGUCCUCUUAAUGACAACCAAUGGCACAAUGUCGUCAUCACUAGAGAUAACAGUAACACACACAGCCUAAAGGUGGACACUAAGGUCGUCACUCAGGUUAUAAAUGGUGCCAAAAAUCUGGAUCUUAAAGGUGAUCUCUACAUUGCUGGCCUAGCUCAAGGCAUGUAUAGCAAUCUCCCGAAGCUAGUGGCCUCACGUGAUGGAUUUCAGGGCUGUCUAGCAUCUGUGGACUUGAACGGGCGUCUGCCUGAUCUAAUCAAUGACGCUCUGCACCGCAGUGGGCAGAUUGAGCGUGGAUGCGAAGGACCAAGCACUACCUGCCAGGAAGAUUCCUGUGCGAAUCAGGGCAUCUGUAAUCAGCAGUGGGAAGGCUUCACCUGUGAUUGCUCCAUGACUUCAUAUUCUGGGAGCCAGUGUAAUGACCCUGGUGCCACAUAUAUAUUUGGGAAGAGUGGAGGUCUCAUCCUGUACACCUGGCCAGCUAAUGACAGACCGAGCACAAGGACAGACCGUCUUGCUGUGGGCUUCAGCACAACAGUGAAGGAUGGCAUUCUUGUUCGGAUUGACAGUGCCCCUGGGCUUGGUGAUUUUCUGCAGCUGCACAUAGAGCAAGGCAAGAUUGGUGUAGUCUUCAAUAUUGGCACAGUGGACAUCUCUAUUAAAGAGGAAAGCACACCUGUAAAUGAUGGCAAAUACCACGUGGUACGCUUUACCAGGAACGGUGGCAACGCCACACUUCAGGUUGACAGCUGGCCAGUGAAUGAACACUACCCAACAGGCAACACUGAUAGUGAACGGUUCCAAAUGGUAAAACAGAAAAUCCCCUUCAAAUAUAACCGGCCCGUAGAGGAGUGGCUGCAGGAAAAAGAUGAUGCAACACCGCAUCACCACUUGACUUCGAGACCCGUCACGACGACCACCAAAAUUGGACGACAGUUAACGAUCUUCAACACCCAGGCGCAAAUAGCCAUAGGAGGGAAGGACAGAGGGCGUCUCUUCCAAGGCCAGCUCUCCGGUCUCUAUUACAAUGGCUUGAAAGUGCUGAACAUGGCAGCAGAGAACAAUCCCAACAUUAAAAUCAAUGGAAGUGUCCGACUCGUUGGGGAAGUCCCUUCCAUCUUGGGAACAACACCCACAACCUCCGUGCCACCAGAAAUGUCUACUACAGUCAUGGAAACCACAACUACGAUGGCCACCACUACAACCCGAAAAAAUCGUUCGCCACCCAGCAUCCAGACAACAGAUGACAUCGUUUCAUCAGCUGAAUGUUCCAGUGAUGAUGAAGAUUUCAUUGACUGUGAGCCCAGUACAGGUAAGUCAGGAGGUGAAUUAGUUAUCCCACUACUUGUAGAAGACCCUUUAGAUAUCCCUCCUAUUGCUACUCGUGCACCUUUCAUUACACUUCCCCCUACCUUUCGCCCCCUCCUCACCAUUAUUGAGACCACCAAAGAUUCCCUGUCCAUGACCUCUGAGGCGGGGUUACCUUGCUUGUCGGACCAAGGCAGCGAUGGUUGUGAUGAUGAUGGCUUGGUGAUAUCUGGGUAUGGCUCAGGGGAAACCUUUGACUCUAACCUACCCCCUACUGAUGAUGAAGAUUUUUACACCACCUUCUCCUUGGUAACAGAUAAGAGUCUUUCCACUUCAAUCUUCGAAGGUGGCUACAAAGCACACGCACCCAAGUGGGAAUCCAAGGACUUUAGACCUAACAAAGUCUCCGAAACUGGUAGGACUACUACCACGUCUUUGUCCCCUGAGCUGAUCCGCUCCACAGCUUCGUCCUCGACUGGGAUGGUGCCCAAAUUGCCAGCCGGCAAAAUGAAUAACCGUGAGCUCAAACCCCAGCCUGACAUAGUCUUGCUUCCGUUGCCCACUGCCUAUGAGCUAGACAGCACAAAGCUGAAGAGCCCGCUAAUCACUUCCCCCAUGUUCCGUAAUGUGCCCACAGCAAACCCCACGGAGCCGGGAAUCAGACGGGUUCCGGGGGCCUCAGAGGUGGUCCGCGAGUCGAGCAGCACAACGGGGAUGGUCGUCGGCAUUGUGGCUGCUGCCGCCCUCUGCAUCCUCAUCCUCCUGUAUGCCAUGUACAAGUACAGGAACAGGGACGAGGGGUCCUAUCAGGUGGACGAGACGCGGAACUACAUCAGCAACUCAGCCCAGAGCAAUGGCACGCUCGUGAAGGAGAAGCAGCAGAGCUCAAAGAGCGGCCACAAGAAACAGAAAAACAAGGACAAAGAGUAUUAUGUGUAAAAAAGAAUACUUAUUUAUAUAUAAAUAUAUAAAUACUUAAUGAGAUUUAACUGAAAUAUCAGAACCAUUGCAGCGAGUGAGAUUGGGAGAUAUCGUUUGUGGGAAAAAGUAUUGGGAAAAAAAAAAAUUCAGCAGUGACUGUUAAUGUCUCAGUCAUCGCUUGGAGUCAGCAAACUCUGCCCUAAUGUAUUAUAAAGCACACUUAGCGUUCUGGAGAUGGCGCGCACAGCUCUGCCCUGUUAGUGAACUUGGACGUCUCCAAAUCUCCUCCUCCGGUGAACUUUCUGCAAAGGUAGAAGACUUCAUGGCUUACUUGUUUCAUAUCUCCAAGUGAGUCUUUAACAAUGUUCGUGAUCCCUGACUGUAUCGAUAAUUUUUCAGUUUACUUAUUUAAAAAAAAAAGAAGGAAAAAGAAAAAAACGCAAACAUUAUUAAACAACAAAAAAAUAUUGAACAAACUGAUCUGGCCAUGUCCAGCAUACAUACAAUUUUUCGAGAUUGGAGGAGGGGAAUAAAUGAUUUUGGAGAUUGUUGGUUUUUUGGUUUUGUUUUGUUUCUUGGGUUGUUUUUUGUUUGGUUUUUUUUUUGGUUACUUUUGGGUGUGGGAGGGAAGGGUGGAGAGGAGCGGUGUGGGGGGUGAACCAGGACAUGAGAAGAAAUCUCGGAGAAAAAAUAAUCCAUAAUAAAUAAAGAGAGACUAUUGCCAUAUAUGAACUCAAAAGCUACCCAUGGUGUUUACUCUGCAUAUCUGGUUGUGUUGUCUCUAGAAUCCGUUGUCUUGCAGUAAGUUGUUUGCUAACAACGCAGUGAAAGUGUCUGAUGGGUGGUGCUGAAGAAAAUUAUCAUGCAAAGCUGGUUCCCUUGGAUCUGGCUCCAGUAUUUGCAACUGAACUGAAGAAUAGAUGGGUUUGGGUCUGCUCUGAUCAAUCAUUGGCUUUAUUUGUGAAUAUCACUUAGUAUGCAUUAGCACAGCCAAACUAUGGUUAAAGGGAUUUGAAGAUUCAAAAAAGAAUGCUUAAAAAAUGGCUAACCAUUCUGAGCUGAAUAUACCAUGCAAAAAUAAAGGAGCCUUCCUCUGGGUUCUGGUUCUGUGACUGAUUGCAAUGCAUGCAAAAAAUAAUAAAUCAGUUUAAUAAAGAGAUCAGAAAGACACCAGUGGAGUUCAACUUGUGACAAGACCCAUAAAUGUCAGAAAAGCUAAACACUUGUAAAAGAAUGCAAAACACAUAGGGUUUUUUGACAUAAAAACUGUUCUGCACAUGUAAUAUUUUAAUUUUGUAGCUUGACAUUUCAAAUCAUCUCUGUCUUUCCAUUUGCCGUAUUCUCCCUUUUCCUUCUCUUUUAUAUAAAAGAAAAUAAAUAAAGCUGCUGUGACACACAAAAAAUAAUAAAGAAAAAGGAAUUUAAUAAUAUUAUAUAUAUAUAUACACACAGAUAUAUUUAUCAUGGUAUGUUUGACGGGACGACUGGAACAGAAGUUCUGUUAUGGUCUUAAUGUGGAAUGAGAAUGUUCUUGAAGAACAAAGUAAAACAAAACAGACAACAAAAGCAAACCUUAAAAUGUGAAGAGAGUGUGUGUUUUAGCUUUGUCACAGUUACCUGUGUCAAAAAAAAAAUCUGAAAUUUUGUUUACAUAUUUUACUACUAUUUUUUUUGCUAGUAUAAUUUCUAUAUGGAUGCCCUGAUGGUGUAUAUACUGUUUUAUGGUUAAAUUGGGAAUGUCUUUUGGUUUUAUUUAACUUAUUUAAUUUGGUUGUUUGGUUUCUACAUUUUCCCAAUUAUUGUGAAAAGGAUUAUCUUACUGUACAGAACAAUAGCCAGGUGGUUUGACGGCCAUGCCUAUCAUGUGCAAAAAAGCAAAUGAGGGAGAGAGAGACAGAGAGGAAAACAACAAAAACCAAGAUGGAUUGAGAACUCUGGAAUAUCAGACAUGUACACUUUUUCUGUAUACGGAUGAAAACUAAUCAGCUGUUUAGGUUUAGAAAUCUACUCUUGCUGGUGUUUAUAAGUCGCAUGAAUAUUUGACUUUGAAGUGUCAUCAAAUACACACACGCACAUGGGAACUUACUUAAAUUUAAAAAAAACAGCCUUCUCAAACAUUUGGAGAAGAUGCUUUCAUGUUAACAAAUAUUUUCAGUGCGUGUAUGUGUGCGUGUGUGUGGUGCGUGUGCGUGUGUGCGAGGUUGAGCUUUUUUUUCCUUUUUUAUUUUUUAUACUAAAAAGAAAAAAAAAGACAGGUUUUAAAAAGGUAUGAAAGCACGAUUUUAGAUGACUUAACUGGCCGAAACUAUAUAAAGUUGAUUAUAUCUUGAUGUCUGUAAAAGAUUGCUGUUCUUGGAGUCUUGGAGUCUUGUGAAAUGAUUUCCUGCUUUCUUUCUUCCUUUCCUUUUUGCUUUCCUUUUUUAAGUUAAGGGAAAAAGAUUUACACUUUCCUUUUUUGUGUAAGUUUCUAUUGGACAGUUUUGGGGAACAUGUGCAUUUCUGUAUGUGGGCUUCUACCAUAUCCCUGUUGCUUUAUGGACAACCUUAAGAAUUUUUAUUUCAGUUAUCGUGAUGUUAUUGCUUUUUUCCCCUUUCUUUUUCUUCUUUCUUUUUGAUUCUUUUUCUUUCCUAUUUGCAUUUUGUUUAAAGAUAUGCUUAGCAAUAAAAUGUUCUUCCCAAA